CAACCAGGAUCCGUUGUGGAAACAAUUCUAGCUGUUAUGUUGUUUCCCCCCCAACUAUAGAAUAUUUUGCUAUAUCAUAGUAUGAUAUCACCACAUCAUCUCUUCAGGAGGGUUUAUAAUAGUAAAUCGUUUAUUUUUUAUAUGAAAUUGAAACAUAUUUAGAAACUGGAACGUUUCAGUCACCAUGCAGGAGUCUAGAAAUUUAAAUGAACGGACCGUCGCCGGCUAACGCCAGAUAGGCUGCCUUUUUCUUGUAUUUAGUUGUUAGUACAGUAAUAUUUUCAAUUACUUUAUUAAUGUGUUUUCUCUGAGACUUUUUGGGAACGUUAUUGUCAGGUGUUUAGCAAUGGGUGUAGUUCUACGGAAUCUGCAGAACGUUGUACCGCUUCGACGUGCAAGGUUACGGAAGGAUGUUGAAACGCUUAGGCACAUUUUGGGCAUCCAAAAACUUGAUUUGGGAGUCAUUUGCGUGGACAAUCGCAAGAUUCAACGAAUAAAUAACAUUUAUAGGAAAAACAAUUCUCCCACGGAUGUUCUGUCAUUUCCAUUCUAUGAGGAACUAAGGCCCGGGAAGCUGCCAUGUCCCCUUCAUAGAGAUGAGCAAAACCUGGGAGACAUAUUCUUGGGGGUUGAAUACCUAAUGAAACAGUGCCAGCAGGAGUCUCAGGACCUUCACGAAACUCUCACAUCACUGCCCAUGGAAUCUGUCAUUUGUUGGGUUACAGACAUGAAACCGAGGAGGAGUGGAAAGAGAUGCUGCAGAAGGAAAGCUACAUUCUGAAUGAAUUCAACAGAUUCACCGGCAGACACCUUGUACCACUGACCAAGAACUUCAGUGAAGUGCGUUGACCACCAGAACCCACCUGCAAUGGAACUGUGGAGUACCUCAACUUUGCAUUGGAUGGAUUUUGAAACAUGCAGAGAACUUUUCUACUGUGUGUCUUGUUUCCAAAAGUGACUCAGACUUUUCAGCCCUCUGGUUUUUGAACUACUGCAAAACUGACAGAAAGCACAAAUGACCAUUAAAACAUCCCAAAACCA